UGGGCGUGGACACGCCACGGACUCUUCAACAUUCAAACGAGGCAGAAGUGGAGGCAGAACAGCAUCUCGUUUUGUUCGACCGUGGCAGCAGCACCCUGUCAAAUAGUGUUACUUGAUCAGAACACAAGAAUAAAGCAGCGUACUCUGCUCCUGCAAUAUUACCUCUGAUCAGUGUUAUGGCAAGAGGAGAAGGAGCUGAGCAGUUCUCAUCCGGUUUGUUACCUACAGCUAAAACCUUGACUCAAGAUGGAAUCAAAAUUGCUAAGCUCUCACCACAGCAGGAGAGGAAAAGACCUCUGACUGUGUGGAGUAAGGUGUGUUUUGCAAUCGGAGGGGCUCCGUAUCAGAUCACUGGCACCGCCCUGGGCUUCUUUCUGCAAAUCUUCUUGCUUGAUGUGGCACUGUUGGAUCCCCUCAAUGCUUCUGUGAUCCUGUUUGUGGGUCGGGCCUGGGAUGCUGUGACUGAUCCGACAGUUGGGUUUUUAGUAAGCAGAACCCCAUGGACACGACACGGACGCAUGAUGCCCUGGAUUCUGGUGUCUACCAUUCCGGCUGUGUCGUUUUAUUUCCUGAUAUGGGUGGUUCCACCUAUAGAGCAGGGAAAGAUGAUGUGGUAUCUGCUCUUCUACUGUCUCUUCCAGACUCUCCAGACAUGCUUUCAUGUGCCGUACUCCGCACUGACCAUGUUCAUCAGCACUGAGCAGAGGGAACGAGAUUCAGCCACAGCGUACCGCAUGACUAUAGAGGUGUUUGGUACAGUAAUCGGCACUGCCGUCCAGGGGCAGAUUGUGGGCAUGGCCGUCACCCCCUGCACAUUUCCAAACAAUAGCUCCAAUCACUCUGUGCAGGGCAAUAACUCUCAAAUACUUAAUGAGAGGCGUGCAUAUAUGAUUGCAUCUGGAGUCAUAAGUGUGAUCUAUGUUCUGUGUGCUGUUGUGCUGUUUUUUGGAGUAAGAGAGCAGAACAUUCAGGGUGGUUUAAAAGCACAGAAGCAUGUGUCAUUUCGGACCGGUCUGCGGCUGGUAAUAGGUCACGAGCCGUAUGUUAAACUGGUGCUGGCCUUCCUCUUCACUUCUCUGGCCUUCAUGCUGCUGGAGGGAAAUUUUGCUUUGUUCAUCAAGUACACGCUGGGAUUCAGAGAGGAUUUUCAGAACAUCUUACUGGUCAUCAUGCUGUCUGCCACUGUUACGAUUCCCAUGUGGCAGUGGUUCCUAUGCCGGUUUGGGAAAAAGACUGCUGUAUACAUCGGCAUCACAUGGGCAGUGCCCUUCAUGAUCCUGGUGGUGUGUGUAGAAAGUAAUCUCAUCGUGUCCUACAUCGUAUCCAUCGCAGCUGGUGCCAGUGUGGCAGCGGCCUUUCUCCUGCCCUGGUCCAUGCUUCCAGAUGUGGUAGAUGAUUUUAAAGUCCAGAAUCCUACCUCUCAAGGCCAUGAGGCUAUUUUCUACUCCUUCUAUGUUUUCUUCACCAAAUUUGCCUCUGGAGUGUCGCUUGGAGUAUCAACACUAUCAUUAAGCUUUGCAGGUUAUGUGACGGGAGUUUGUGUUCAGUCUGAUUCAGUGAAUCUGACGUUGAAGAUGUUGGUGUCGGCUGCUCCUGUGUUACUUAUAGCUCUGGGGCUCCUCAUCUUCAAAACGUAUCCCAUCGAUGAAGAACGCAGACAGUACAACAACAAACAGCUGCAGAUGCUCCUGCGGAGUGAAGAACAAGAGGCUGAGAUGGAGGCCUUGAAGCCUGAUAUCACAGCAUGAAAUACCAGCUUGACUGUUCCUGCUCUGGCCUGCAGAGGGCGCCAAAAUACAUCUUAACCACUGCAAUGAGGAAAUCAAUCAACUGAACUUUAGAGACAGAACUUUCCUCACUCCGCUGGUUAACCGGACCAGUGAAGGAUGGAGGCGAACCCUUAUAUAUCUGCACUACUGUCAUGACAGCUACAUAUUUGUACAAACAUAACUACAAGGCAUUAUUUGCUGCUUUCAGUAACAGUCUUAGCUCUCUCUGGUCAACAAAGGGAGACUUGUAAGAUAAAUAUGAGGUUCAAAUCUACCAUCUACUAAUACAUUGUUUUGUUGCAACUCUUUUUUUUCCUCAUUUGAAAUGGAUUCAUAUUUUGGUUUUUGAAUGUAUAAGAAAUGUUAAGUUGCAGGUGUUCGAGGACAUUUCCUCAAUGUGGUGAAGAAUUGUUGGUUUGUUUUUGCACUGAGGGUAAAACAUUAUUAAUAGAACAAAAAAAUGUUUUUCCAUUUCUUUAAAGAAGACCUGAAAUCAUUGUGCUUGUGUGGGGCAGUUUGUUAGCCUGAGGAAGAUGACACUUUAUUGUCUGUGUCAAUUUUUUAUGGUUCUGUAUUUAUUUAUAGUGCCUUAUAUUGAGAAAGAAAAUGAAGAGAUCAAAUGAGAUUAUAGUAUUUAACACAAGUAAAAUUAAUUCUACAACAAUCACAGCAAUGCAGCUGUGCCAAAGAGUCAGUAACUAAAGGAAGUUUAGAUGAAAAGUUUUAAUGUUCAUUGGUGCAGUUUUCUUCCAACAUGAAAUGUCAGUGUUUCUGUACAUGUUUGUGUUUUUUCUGUGGUAAAUAAGUGAUUGUGCACAUAAUGAAGCAGUCUGUUUCACAGACUAAAUAGUGACUGUGAAUUUAAAAAUGGUACUUUAAGGUUUUCUUCCACGCUCUGAGAUCAUGAGUGAUCUGGGCGAUGGGUCAUGUGUUAAAUAGCUGUCUGUGAUGUUAUAAACCUCCAGUUUACUUCUCUGUAAAUGCUGAGAUUAAAUGCAAAAAAAUGUCUGUAGGGAGUUUUAUAAGGAGAUUACUUUUUUGUCAAAACCACCAACACCACCAGAACAUUGCACAACUACAAAAUGUACAAUAUGUGUAUAUAUUAUUUUAUGGCCUUUAUAAACAUACUGACAUUG